ACUUCAACUAAUAGUAAGCACAAAGCAAAUUAAUUAUUUUAGAAAAGUUUCACAUUUAAUUCAACUUUGAAUAAUUAUUGCAGUAAGAAGCAAUAAGUAAUAGUGAUACUUCAGUCUGUACAUGCAUACGAUUUAAUUUAACUGUUAAAUUUAAUUUCGAGUUUCGGUUAAAACUUAAAACUUAACAUUAAAUCCUCUUUUAAUUAAGUAGGUAGAUUAAUUCGAGAGUAAGGUAAUAAUUGGCGAUAUGGGCGACAAUGGAGCUAUUCCAAGAAACGGAAAUGACGUUUCCGCAUGGGAAUGGAUUGGAUGUCACGACCAACGACUGCAAAAUCUACUCAUGACCGGAUUCCAAAGUGAUCUGAUCCUUGUCCUGGGUCAAGAAGGGUUAAAGGUUCCGGUCCAUCGAAUCUUCCUCCAGGCUGGGUCGCAAGUGCUAAAUGGCAAGAUAACCAAGUCCACCGAAGAGCUAAUUAUUGACAAUGUGGACACCCGUAUUUUUAAAAUUCUUCUCCAGUAUUUUUACACUGGGAAAUCAAACGUGGAAAUGGUCGACGCCUUGGAACUAAUGCAGCUCGCUACGGAGUAUGAAGUUUCCGGGUUAAGGGACGAGUGUGCGACUGUUUUGAAGGGGGACUUGUCCCUCGACAAUGUGCUCGCCUUGUUCCAAAGUGGGAUGGAAUACGCUCACGGGGAUUUUAUUCAGUCCACGCUGAACUUUAUUUGCGAGAAUUCCGCGACAAUCCUGAAAUGCGAGGACUUCGCCAAGCUACGUUUAGAAUGUCUGGUAGAAAUAAUACAACAGGACUCGCUUAAAGUUUUGAAUGAAAUGAAGGUUUUUGAGGCAGUACAUCGGUGGGGUGUGGCCGAGUGCACUCGAAAAAAUUUGGAUCCUGCAAACGUCGAGAAUCUUAAAACCUGUCUCGCAAACCGUUGAGCCACGUCCGCUUCCCACUAAUGGACCCUGCCGAAUUUGCUCUGAACGUGACUUCUAAGAAGCUUCUUAACAUGGAUGAGUCAAUGGAACUGGUCACCUGUUUCCUCGUUCCACCGAAGAGGAGAAACAUGCUUCCACCUGGUCGAUUUGUAUCAAGCCCUCGCAACUUCAUUAGUGGAGAGACAGUCAUUACUCGCGCCGUUGCUGGCAACGAAAGAUCAAUUGAUAACGUCGAUUCAUUCGGAAAUGCAAAUGGCACAGAGACAAUAAUGAUUCGUGCCAGUGAAAAUGUUUUCCUCAAGUCCAUUUCGGUUCCCACAACAAUUUUGCAAGUUAACAGCACUAGCUCGAAAUAUUUGUACGAUUUAGUGCAAGCCACAUUGUCAAUUUCCAAUGGGAGUGAAUCGGAGUGUAAGCUCGACAACGAAAUUUGCGCGACAGGUGAACAGGACCAUUUGAAAAUUUGCUUGAAACCACCCUACCAAAUGGUGCAGCAGGACGGUUGGACUAAACUCGUGGUGACCUUAUCUGGUCAGGUCUACUACAACUAUCGCAGAAAUUACAGCCAAACUGAUCGAGUUAAUUUGAACCUGAACGAAGACGUGUUCCCUGCAAACAUGUUCAACCGAGUGGUCACAAAUUAUGGAGAGUUUACGACUUUAGGAAAUUUUCUUCAAGUUGAGGUAACACGACCAGAAGGGGUGGGACUAGGUCUGGCGUGCGGUUUUAUUGAGAUGCUCGAAGUUGAAGCGGUUUGAUAUACCUAAGUAAGUAUGCUUUCCUUUUCAAUUUUAUAUGUUCCAUUUUUGUUCAACACGUUCUUCGAAUUGAUUAGGAUUUGUUUUAAUUUAAUUGUGGUGCAAAUCCAUAAAAUUUAAUUUUUCAACUAAUUUGAGAAAAAUUUUCCUAAUGAUGAAGCCGUGGAUGUCAUGUCCAUACUUAUGUAUAUACAUGAAAUUUCUGCAAAUAUUCCAAACUACAAAUUAAUCUAACUUAACCAAAAAAAUGAAGUAAAACGUAAUAAAUUAUACAUGGCUUAUUUAUUACUGUGCAAUAAGCAACAUACAUAUUUAAGAUUGAUUCAAUACAUUUAGAUAAGUGAAAUGUGUUAAUUGCUAUUAUUAUGAAAUAAAGUUGAUUUCGAUACAAUUAAUAAAAUCAUUCCGCUUGUCCAAGAAUUUCUCUAAGUCUUUCUUGCACUUUGACCCGACCGAAAUUAUGCAAAUGUAGCCAGUCUAGAUCAAACAUUUGAAACUCUUGUACCGUCAUCCUGUCCUUUUCCUCACUUUGCAGAAAUGAUCUCAAUCCAAAUAUCACUUCUUGUACAGCUAUUUCAUCCAUAAUUCACAACCAAUUUUUCUGCCAGAUCGCUCAAUUCUGAUCGCAUGGGAACAAAACUUCCAAAAUGAUUAAACCUAUCGAGUAAAUUUCCGAGCUGAGGGUCGUUUUUUCCUCACCAAGUCACACCUUGGGCGCUUGAUAGCGCAGAUUUUCCCUGCCGUACAUGCAAAAUUUAUUUUUCAUACUUGCAUCAAAAGUCAUGGACAAGCCACGGGAUUUUAAAAAAUCUGUGCUUCCCAUUUUCGUCAAAAUUUCUCCAACGAGUUAACUGCAAACAUGGUAAAUAAAAUAUUAUCCGGCUUCAAGUCACAGUGUAAAAUUUGUUUGGAGUGCAAAUAUUUCAUUCCUCUAAGCAGAUCGUGGCAAAUUUCUAACUGAAAACGACCCAUGGCGUCAGGAUUUUUGCGUUGGUGAAAAGUAAUUAGUUUUUCAGUUUGCCUCGUUACAGAGUCUCGUGUUAAGGAUAGCUCGGUGAAAAGAUUAUUUGACAACAGGAAUAAAUUUGCAACUCAUUGAAAGUUCAUGUCUUUUUUUAUUACCAUAUUUUCCAAAUGCUUGGCUUCAGACUGGACCAGGUUUGUCAAUUGUUGACAAUUGUUUAAAUUUUGGAUUUAAUUUAGUCAAAUAUUUUUGUGUUGAUUAACAAGUUGAUGACUUGAAAUGCCAAAACCUAAGUAAUCGAAC